AUGAACAACCAAGUUGGAAGCACAGGCGAUGGCGGUUACGCCGUCGGCCACCUUAUGGAGUGCCUAUGGUGGACUAACGUUACAGGGAGGGAGAGCCCCGAACUCCUUGGUAGUCUGGGCGACUGGAUUAUUCACCCUCACCCCUCUUUGGGAGUUAAAGUCUCCGCGGAUGGUCUAUACGUCGCAACUACUAAGAACUACUGA